GCGGGCACUCGACAGGUCCUCCUAAAAGUCAACAUCGGUUCACAUCGACUGACGGCGGAGAAGAAGAAGAAGAGGAAGGGAACUUCCAUAGCCCCUCGUCUCCUCCUCAUAAACUCAAAACCUCGACUCCCUUCUCCUCGUCCUCCCCAUCUCCUCAAUGGCACACUCCGGCGAACCUCCCCAGAUCCCCUUGGAGCUCCCCUCCGGUGGCGCCUCGUCCUCCUCCGGCCCCGCCGUCGGCAGCGCUGACCCCCGAGUCCCGCUCCUCAACCUCUCCACAGUCCGCAUGAGGAUGGACUCCGUGCAGCAGUUCCUGUCGCAGUCGCUCAACAGCAACACUCUCCUCAGCGGGGAGCAGAUGGACUUGGUCUCCUCCGAGAUCGUCUCCGCCAUCCACCAGAUCAUCGUCAAUGGCGCCGCUCUCCUCUCCUGCUCUCAGCAGGCCCCGGAGAAUCCCGGCAGCAAGCCUGCAGCGGUGGCGGCGGCGGCGGCGGCCGUGGAGGAGUCCGGAGACCGGAAGCUGCCGGUCAAGAGCCCGAUUGGGAGGCCUCCUACUGGCGAUUUGAAGGUCGAGGAGGGCGUCCUCACCACGAUGAAGGACGAGAAGGAUGAACUUGUCGGAGAUUGCGAGAUCGUGGAGCUCGAUUCCGUUGAGCUUCUUGCGGAGCACACUCACUUCUGUGAUAUCUGCGGGAAGGGUUUCAAGAGAGACGCUAACCUGAGGAUGCACAUGAGAGCCCACGGGAAUCAGUUCAAGACCCCGGAGGCGUUGGCCAGGCCCGAUAGCCAGUGCCCUGAGCCUUCUCCUUCGACGAAGAGGAGCCGGUUUUCGUGUCCUUUCGAGGGGUGCAACAGAAAUAAGGCACACAAGAAGUUUCGGCCUCUCAAGUCUGUGGUCUGCGUGAAGAAUCACUUUAAGAGGAGCCAUUGCCCGAAGAUGUACUCGUGCAACCGCUGCAACAAGAAGAGCUUCUCUGUGUUGGCUGAUUUGAGGAGCCAUAUGAAGCACUGUGGUGAGGCCAAGUGGAAGUGCUCCUGCGGGGCGAGCUUCUCGAGGAAGGACAAGUUGUUCGGGCACAUGGCCCUGUUUGAGGGGCACAUGCCCGCUGUCGCUGAUGAUGACGACAAGAGGAAUGAGGCUACUGCUGUAGAGGAGGAAGAAGAUGAGGACAUGCUGUUGAAAGAUGAGGAAUUAACCCGGAAUUCUUUGGAUGACGGGAUCUUCAAAAGGUUGCUAGAUGGGUUCGGCUCGGUCGACUUUUACUGCUUACGGGACAUCCUUUCCCCAGCUAAUGAAUUGGGAAGUGGAAACGGCAUCAGCAUGUUCUCUGAUACUUGAUAUCACUGAGCUCUAAUUGUUCAUCGAGGAUGAUUGGUUCUUAUCGCGUUUCAUGCAGUUGUAGCUUGUAAGAUGAUCCCAUGUAAUUUUUUCGGUUACGAUGAAUAAUGAAAUAUCAUUUGGACAUGGAGGCGUUCUUGAUCUCA